AUGCCGGUCCUCACCGCCGGCGUCGCGCCCGCGCGCGCGUCGCCGCCGGCGACCGCGAGCGCGUCCUCCGCGCGCCGCGGCGCGCGCGUCUCUUCGCGCGCGUCCGUCUCGGACCGCGCGCCGAGAUCCUCCUCCUCCUCCUCCGCGGAGACGGACGAGCUCGCGACGACCGGCGUCGGCGGCGCGCUCGCGAGAGCUCGCAGCGCGCUCGCGUCCACCGCGGCCGCGGUCGUCAUCGCGACGACGACGUGCCACGCGCCCGCCGCGCUCGCGCGCGUCGCCCCCGAGCCGCCCGCGCCGACGAACGGCCCGCUCGCGUCGCUCCCUCGCGAGCUCACGGAACCGGACGACAUCUUCUACGAGGACUUCACCGUGUCCUUCGCGGGGAUCGAGGUCGACCACAAGUACCUCGUCUCCGCGCUCAUCUUAGGCCAAGCCGUCGGGUUCGUGGGCUCCGUCGUCGGGGGGAACGAGGCGAGGAAGAAGGGCGAGGAGGUGAAGGCGCUGAACCAGAGCCUUCUGAAGGUAAACGCGGAGCUGCGAAAAGAGAUGCGCGAAGCCGGCAUCGGGCCGUACGUCCCGAUCCAAACGCAGCGGUUCAUCAAAAAAGCCCCGGGGAGCAGCACGGACGAGGAGGAGAUCCAAGUCGACGGCGUCAUAACGACCCUGAAGCGCGGGAAGCGGUUGUUAUCCGCCGGCGAUCACGAGGCGGCGCUCGCCGAGUUUGACGACGCGUUGCGCGCCAUCCUCGGCACCCCCGACGUGUUCCAGGAGGAGUGGAAGGCGCGAAGGAAAGCGCAGAGAGGAAGAGGCGCCGCGUUGGAGCGCAUGGGUCGGUUCCCGGAGGCGCUCGCCGCGAUGGAGAACGUGCUCGCGCUGUCCGUGGACCACGACGAUCACGCCGGGCAGACGGACGCGCUCGGCGUGAUCGCGGACAUCUACACGGACAUGGAUCUCCUCGAGGAGGCGGCGUCGUACUACGACCGGUACUUCACGUCGCUGCAGGAGGAGGACGCGCGGGUGAGUCUGGAGAGCGCCGCGGUGGGGGGUGUGGGGGGGUCCGCGAGGAUGUGA